UAAAUUUAUAGAAACGACAAGUCAUACACACAUCAAUUAAUGCAAGCAUUUGAAAAACAAGAAAGAUCAAGAUAAUGGGGAAUUUUCUUAGGAGAAGCUGCGCUGUGCACCCGGCUAAUUCUGGCGUCGACGGAGGAAGAGGGAGAGAGGUAGAGGAGCCGCUACGACAACGUAGAAGCAGCACUAUACGGAUAAAAGUGAGGAUGAGAAGAGAUAAAUUGGAAGAGCUUUUGAAUUUGGCGCGGCGUGGUGAUCAAUCUAACGACAGUGGUAAGAUCGGUUUCUUGAUUCUUAAAGAAUGUAUGGAAGGUCGCUUACCGGCGAGCGUUCUUGGCUCCAGUGACGAUGUUCCGUCUCAACGGUGUGGAAACUACUUAGUGUCUCGAAGAUUGGGAUCCAUCACGGAGGAAUAGUUAAAUGAUAUAUGUGCCUUCCUAAACAUAUAUAGCAUAAACGUUUAGAUAGACGACAUUUCAAUAAUGUUUUCUAGCUCAUUAAUUAUCAUGUUAAAGCAUAUAUCUUAGAGUAAUUAAUAUAAGAAAAAAGGAGUUUCAUUAUUCAAAUAAAAGGAAGAAAAAAUAAAAGAAACGAAUGUAGUAUGUUUAUGUCA